AAUUUGAACUGUGUCAGCGUGUGCGUGUGUGGGUGCUUGUGUAGGAAGUUACAGACAGAGAGAACAAAGUAAAAAUUUAAAAGUUAAACCUGCAGCUGUUGAGGAUAUAGCCAAAAUCGAACGAAUUACUGCCAUGGCCAAGGUUAUAUCGCAGGACACCUUCGAUGAUGUGGUGAAGGAGAAUGUGGUGGAAUUCUCCAUGACUCCAUCGGAAGCGAAAGAGGAGACCAUAAAGCAAUUCGAGGCGCAGGGCAUCAACCUGGCCAACAUCAUUAAGGACCUGUCCAUCAAUCCACAGACCGGCCAGCCCAUCAUCAACGAAACUGUGGACAAGAUCAAGGAAUACAUUGGUCAAAAAACGGAGGGCACGACUCAGCUGCUGGAACAGCUGACUACCUUGGAUACUGAAUGUCAAAAAUCCUUGGCCCAUCGAGUGCUAGCAGGCAAAAAUGGAGCACACGAUGUCUUAAUCACACUUCUGGAGGAAACCCUCUCCGCGGAUUCACCUAAUGAAUCGCUGAUUAAAAAGUCUCUGGAGGCUGUCAACAGCCUAACCAACAAGCAGCCGGAUCUGUUUGAUGCCGAAGCCAUGGCUGUGGUACUUAAAUUACUCGCCCUCAAAGUAGAAAAUCAGGAUAUCACACUGCUGACUCUUCAGUGGCUGCAGAAGGCAUGCAUUAUGCACGAGAUGAAUCGCCAGAAUAUCAUGAAUACACCCGCCCUUAAGCUGAUGAAACCCCUUCUGGGCAAGGGUAAGGAUCGUCUGGUUCGUGAGUUGACCGCCGUGUUUCGCUUCCUGGUGCUGGACGACGACAUCCGCGUGGAAUUUGGAUGCGCCCAUGAGCACGCUCGUCAAAUAGCUGGGGAGGUGUUACUCACACUUGUGGAACUUCUGCCGUCCUAUCAGGAUCCAAAUGUUCUGGCUGAUCUGCUGCUCACUAUUGGAACUUUAGCUGUGCGCCAGGAACUUUGUACCGCUAUCGAUGAUGCUGGCGGCCUUAAAUCCGUCUUUGAAAUUAUGAACCAGAAUGUGGAUGAAGUUCGUCUAAAUAGAGAGGCCUUGAAGUUGCUGCGGGCCUUGGCUGGCCAUGACUCUGUGAAGGCACACAUAGUUCAGCAGGGGGUAGCUCCUAUAAUAAAGCAACUGCUGGAGACGCACCAGGCCAACGAGAACAUCGUGGCCGCAGCUCUGGCAUGCGUGACUACGCUGACACUCCGAGUGCAAGAACACAGCGCUGCCUUCUUCGACACCGGAAUUGCCGAGGUGAUCGUAGAGGCUCUACGCGCCCAUCCCAAGCACAAAAUCGUCCAGAGGAACGGAGCCUGGGCCAUUCGAAACAUGGUGUCGAGAUCGCGAAACCAAUGUGAAACCUGGAUAUCCUUCGGCGUCGAGGAUCUACUUAAUACGGCAAUGAAGGACCACCCAAGCGUUGAGCAGGACAUUAAGGCGGCAUUGCGCGAUCUCGGCUGCAGCGUUCAUCUGCGGGAGGAAUGGACGGGAACGGCGGAAAAGAAGAUUGCCGCCUAAUCGCACAUUUGCCUUUUGUAUUUUUAUAUAUUUACUGCUAACUUAUUACUAGUGCCUAAUUCAUGCAUUGGCUAUCUAACAAAAUCGGCAAUUCUCAAUAGCAAUAGCACGCUAAUACCCA